AGGAUGAGUCACUAGCUGUCUGUUUACUGCACAGAUCAGCUGUUCAGAGUUUUCUUUGGCUUUCAUUCAACACCUUAACUGAAAAGAUGCUGCCACCAGAAUGGACACGUAUAUUUCGGAUUAAAGCACAGAGUCUCAAACAAGGAGACUCGUGGCAUUUAGAGUAUGAUGAAAACAUUGAGCCCGACAAGCCAAACAUGGACUGGAAGCAGUACAUCAGGAACACAGGUGCAAGGUUCAAAUGUUCCGUGUGCCGUAGACAAUGGCCUUCCAACAAGGUGAUGGUGAUCUUCCACAUGUGCCUGAGAAACGGGCAGGGCACCGUCAAAGUGAGGCAGUUACGUCAGAACUGCAAGAUGUGCUCCGACGCUCCAAUGGAGGAGCCCAGCGUUGAAUCGGACAACAUCCACAUCCUGAUGGAGAAUCUGGUGGAGAAAAUAAAACAGAAGUGCUACCAUAAAAAAUCUGCAAGGAAGCGACAUUUCAGAAGCUUUGAUGUCAAUAGUCCCCAUGAGCCCAAACAUUGUGAGGGGUGCAUAAAAGGCGUGUGUACAAGAUGAGUUUACUCUUUUUCUUUGUUUUCUUUUUUUAUUGUAUUUUGUCCUUUAACAUAUAUUUACAGUACCAGUCAAAAGUGUGUCCAAACUUUUGAUUGGUACUGUAUGUCCAAAAGGACAUUAUACAAUUAACAGAUUCUGCGCAUGCAAAAAAAAGUUACGUCUAUUUGUUACUUGUUAUGUGGGUAUUUACUGUUACAAAUUUGUUUGUUACAAAUAAAUGACAUAAGUCAAAGUGGUCUACUUGCAUGAGGAAAUAUGACAUGAAGGUGUGCAAGAGUCACCCUUUGCUAUGUAUUUAUUUACUAUUCAUUGAUUUUGUAAAUGAGAUAAUAAUAUUGUAAAUGAUGAUAUUGUGUCUUCUGUCGAAUGCAUUCUUGUUGAACGGCGGUGUAUAUAUUACAUAUUAUUACAAUAAACACGGGUCCUUUUUUCAGAGUAAAACCAAACAUUUUCAAGUAUAUUUGAUGAAUAUUCAUGACUCAAUUUUCUGUUCUAUUAUUUUUGUAAGUGGAAAAAAGAAUAAACACACCCUGUUAUUACUGUCUCAGAUGAUAUUAUGUUUAAAAAAAAAACUACAAAAAAAU